AUGAGCGGACAGACUGAGACCUUUGGCUUCCAGGCCGAAAUCUCCCAACUUCUCGACCUCAUCAUCAACACCUUUUACUCGAACAAGGAAAUUUUCCUUCGAGAAAUCAUCUCCAACUCGUCUGAUGCGCUAGACAAGAUCAGAUAUGCCGCCCUCACCGACCCAUCUCAGCUUGAGUCUGAGAAGGAUCUCUACAUCCGAAUCAUUCCCAACAAGGAGGAGGGAACUUUGACCAUUAGGGAUACCGGUAUCGGUAUGACCAAGGCUGAUUUGGUCAACAACCUCGGUACCAUCGCCAAGUCUGGUACCAAGGCCUUCAUGGAGGCCCUCUCCUCUGGAGCUGACAUUUCUAUGAUUGGUCAAUUUGGUGUCGGUUUCUACUCCUCCUACCUUGUUGCCGAGAAGGUCCAAGUUACUACCAAGCACAAUGACGACGAGCAAUACAUCUGGGAGUCUGCCGCCGGAGGUACCUUCACCAUUACUGAGGAUGUUGAUGGACCUAGACUUGGACGAGGAACCUCGAUGAAGCUCUUCAUCAAGGACGACUUGAAGGAGUACCUUGAGGAGAAGCGAAUCAGGGAUAUUGUCAAGAAGCACUCCGAGUUCAUCUCGUACCCCAUCCAACUCGUCGUCACCAAGGAGACCGAGAAGGAGGUUGAGGAGGAGGAGGAAGUCAAGGAGGGAGACAGCAAAAUUGAGGAAGUCGAGGACGAGGACUCUUCCAAAAAGACCAAGAAGACAAAGAAGGUCAAGGAGACUACCACUGAGAACGAGGAGCUCAACAAGCAGAAGCCUAUUUGGACCAGAAACCCCGCCGAUGUCAACCAGGAGGAGUACGCUUCCUUCUACAAGUCUAUCAGCAACGACUGGGAGGAGCACCUUGCCGUUAAGCACUUCUCAGUCGAGGGUCAGCUCGAGUUCAAGGCCAUGCUCUUCAUCCCUAAGCGUGCGCCUUUCGACUUGUUCGAGACCAAGAAAAAGAGGCACAACAUCAAGCUUUACGUUCGACGAGUCUUCAUCAGCGAGGACAAUGAGGAGCUCAUGCCCGAAUACCUCAACUUCGUCGUCGGUGUUGUCGACUCUGAGGAUCUGCCUCUUAACAUCUCCCGAGAGACCCUUCAACAGAACAAGAUUCUGAAGGUCAUCCGAAAGAACCUUGUCAAGAAGACCCUUGAGCUCAUUAGCGAGAUUGCCGAGGACAAGGAGAACUUUGACAAAUUCUACUCCGCUUUUGCCAAGAACCUCAAACUCGGAAUCCACGAGGAUUCCACCAACCGAUCCAAGCUCGCCGAAUUCCUCCGAUUCCACUCCACCAAGUCUGUUGACGAGAUGACCUCGUUCAAGGACUACAUCACUCGUAUGCCUGAGGUCCAGAAGAGCAUCUACUACCUCACUGGUGAAUCGCUCGAAGCCGUCAAGGACUCUCCAUUCCUCGAGGCUUUGAAGAAGAAGAACUUUGAAGUUUUGCUCCUGGUCGACCCCAUUGACGAAUACGCCGUCACCCAGCUCCGAGAAUUCGACGGCAAGAAGCUUGUCUGUGUCUCCAAGGAGGGUCUGGAGCUCGAAGAGACUCCAGAGGAGAAGGAGGAGCGGGAGAAGGACGAGAAGGAGUUCGCCGAGCUCUGCACUGCCGUCAAGGAGAACCUUGGUGACAAGGUUGAGAAGGUUGUUGUCUCCAACCGAAUCACCGAAUCUCCUUGUGUCCUCGUUACUGGCCAGUUCGGAUGGUCAUCCAACAUGGAGCGAAUUAUGAAGGCUCAGGCUCUGCGUGACUCCUCUAUGUCUUCAUACAUGGCUUCCAAGAAGACUAUGGAGCUCAACCCUCACCACCCUAUCAUCAAAGUACUUAAGACUCGAAUUGCCGAGGACAAGACCGACAAGACCGUCAAGGACUUGACUUUCUUGUUGUACGAGACUGCUCUUUUGACUUCUGGAUUCACCCUUGCUCAACCGCAAGACUUCGCCAACCGAAUCAACCGAAUGAUCGCCUUGGGUCUGUCUAUCGACCAGGACGAAAUUGCUGCCCCUGCUGCUUCUAGCAGCAAGGACGAGGACAUGCCUGCUCUCGAGGAGGCCGGUGGAUCCAUGGAAGAAGUCGACUAG